AUGAAUUACAACGAAUAUGUAACACAUAAGAAAACACACGGUCAACCUUUCAUCUAUGAAUGCAGAGUGCCCGGUUGUGGACGGACAUUUGACCAUGACUCAUCAUUUCGCAAUCACAAGGAAACGCAUGAACCUAAUCCUCAAUGCGAGGGCUGUGGCAGAUUCUUCACUAGUAGAAAUACACUAACUAGACAUAAGGAGAGCUGCCAAGCGAUAUCUCAUAAACGAAGCUACGAAUGCCUCUACCCCGGGUGUGCUGUGAUCGCGAAAAGUUACAAAGAAUAUAUAACACAUAGGAAAACACAUGGUCAGCCCUUCAUCUAUGAAUGCAGAGUGCCCGGUUGUGGGAGGACAUUUGACUAUGAUUCAACAUUUUUCAAUCACAAGCAAACGCAUGAGCCUCAUCCUCAAUGCGAGGGUUGUGGCAGAUUCUUCACCACCAGGAAUGCACUGAAAUCUCACAAGAAGAACUGCCAAACAAAAUCUCGUUAG